AUAGUACGACUUGCCUAUUGAAGAAAGGUAGCAGCCAUCUUUGAUUUUUACAGAAACACGGGGUUUAUCGUCUUUGAAGUGAAUUUGGGUGAAUAAGAUAUCAAACAUGAAGAAUCAAUAAUUGACCAAAUCAACAUGUCUUUCAAGCGUCCAACAGAAGUAUCAUGGGACAGCGAUGAAGAUGAGGAACUUUUAAGUAUCAACACAAAGUUCAAGGGUGAUGAUGAUGAAGAAUUAGAUGAAGAUGCUUUACUAGGAUCAGAUGAGGAACUCUGUCAAUCUUCACUUCAAUCGGUGCCCCAGACCUCUAAGACUGCGUCUUCACUCUCAGAGAAAACACCCACAAAAGGAACAGGAAAUAAAAAUGCAACCAACAGAGUGAUAUCUACCAUUACCACAAACAGGAAUGGAACACCGGGUUCUAAAACGACUGCGAAGAAAGAGGAAUCGAUGAAAAGAACUCCAAAAACUACACCGGCAUCAAAGAUGAUUACCAGGACUUCGCAGUCAACAGAGAAGACAAAGAAAACGAUCACUCCUAUUGUGUUUUCUGAGCCCGAGCCUGUGUUACUUUUGGAUCCGGAGGAGAGUUACGACUUUGACGAGUCUGGAAUGACGGAGUCGUUUUUUGAGAGUAGUCAGAGUGAAGGGACAGAAGAUGAUCCGUUCGUAAAGCCCCAGGUGGUCAGAAAUAUUGUCCCAAUUAGUCGGACAGAUGAGGAAGAGAUAGAAGACCAAUCAGAUAUCUCAAGUAUGGAGGUUUCUGUUGACCGAGGGCAGGAUAGCAGUGAGGAAAGUGAUGAAAGUGACAAGGAAGAUGACAGACGGGGGCGGUUUAGGACAGAACGGCAGGGAACCGUCAAUCUGACCAGUCAUAAACCAGUGGCUGAUAUCCCAGAUACUCUAGAAAUUUCUAAAGAGCAAGAAAAAGAAAUCGAGCAGUUUUUACAGCACGGACAAAAAAGAUCUCAUAAGUUCAAUAGGGGCAGAGGUGGAGGACGUUUUCCCAAUUACCCACAGAGAAGAGGCAUGGGUAACAGGGCACCACUGUCCUCUCAGAGUAUUAAUCACAGUCAGGUUCCCCCAAGUUACUCCCACCAGGCCCCACCCCAGAGUGCACCGGACCAGCAGUCGCCAUCAAAACCCCAGAAGAUCCAUAUCAAUCCACAUUUUCGUCGAGGGGCCAUGCCGCACUCGCGAAAUGGGGACGGACUCAUGCCAAGCCCAACAGUACCCCCUCAGUAUAGAUCCCCAGGCCCCCCAUCCCUAACUCAACUACAGCAUCCAGCCCCUGUUGUGCAUUCUUCGCCACAGAGUGGACCAUGGACCUCCCAGGCCACCCCUCAGCCCAUGUACAGUAGCUCCCACCACCACCACCCUCCUCAUCAUGUCCAAGCUCCACCUGUCCACCUCCAGUAUCCAGGUCAGCAGACUCCACCAAGGCCGAGUGUUCCUUACCCAGCAUACUCUAGAGGGCCUCCACCUCAUCCUCACCCUCAUCCAGCACCACAGCCCCUAAUGGGGCAUUAUAACCAGGCACCUCGCAGUGGACCCACUCCAUUUCAUGGACAGCAGUUCCCUCCACACAGUCAGUACCAUCCUUCGAGGCCCCCUCCACCACAGCCAUUGAUGACACCUAGCCAUAGGUAUCCGCCCGCUCAGCAACCUCCUCAGCCACUGAUCAGGGCAGAACCACCCCCACAUGUACGGAUGGCACCCCCGUCCCAGCAGGGUCAUAACAUACCGCCCCCACCUCGUCAUUACAUUCAACAGGAGUACUCCCAACAGAGAUAUCCACCCCCAGGACGUGCCCCAGAGCCCUUCAUACGGCAUGAUUUCCAGCCCCGAACACAGGCACAGCAGCCACCAAGAUUUCAACAAAGGGCCCCUGGGUAUCAGAACCAAGCUAGACCUCAUGGAUUUCAUAGCCAGGGACAAAGAAUGCCCAGAAAUCCCAAUCAAAAUAAUGGGGGACCAAGACAGCCUGUUCUGAAAGCAAAGCAAAAUUCCGUAUUGUUGGCACAUGUCAAAAAACUGACAGAUCGUGCCAAGAAAUUUGGGCAGACUACACCAGUAGGGGCCACUAAGCCCCAGAAAAGGGCCUCGACUGAGGAAACCAUCAUAGAUGCCUCCCCAGUAAAACAGAGCAAAGUAGAAAUAGAACAACUGACCCCAGAGGACAGAGAGCUACAGGCAAAGUUAGCACUGCAGGCUCGACAGAGAGAGCUGAUCAGAAAACGGAAAGAGGCAAACAGACAAGCAUUGGCUCAGAAGAAGCGAGAACAGCUGACACAGAGACUGGCAGAGAAAGGUCAGACAAUUGAUGACGUCGAGCAACUUGAUACGCCUAGUUUAAACCAGAUUAAAACAGUGCAGACCACUCCAAAAAAGGUUCAACAACCUAUACAGCCCCCACGUGUUGGUCCACAGAUCAAGACAUUAAACUCAAAUCAGGUUCGCUUUCCUAAUGCGCAAGUUGCACAUUCUGUUCAAACAAAUGCACAGAAGACAAUUGGGAACAUCCGUGCUAGUAAGCCAAUCAACAAAACGGCUACAAACCAGACAUUGAGUGCAAAGACUGCUGGUUCCAAUAAAAAACUGAUGAAGAGGAUAGAAACUGUCAAGAAAAACGCUCAAGGGGAUAUCAUAUCCAGGGAAAUUAAACUGGUUCCCAUUGAAGAUGAGGCAGACGCUAGUGAGGAAACAUCUUUGUUGAAGCAUGGCAAGGUUCAGGUGAUCAAAAACACUGCCCCCGUGUCCCCCAUUGGAGGUCAACAGACAGGAAAUCGAACUGUAGUGAGUGGGAAUUCUGGGAAUCGGUCCGUUAUCUCGCCAGGCCUGUCCCCCAGGUCUGGCAACAGGGCAGUAGUCAGGAUAAACCCAGUGCCUGGGGAUAAUGAGGAAGGAGACCAGAGAAAUGUGGUCAGUCAGCAAGGAACUAACAGGAGAAUUGUUGUUACUUCGAAACCGAAGAAGGUUAUGGUGAAGAAUCUCUCUGUGUCUACAUCUGAUGUGAUGAUCAAGAAUCUCUGUACAACCGUAGGGCCAGUGGAGAGCAUAGAGAGAGCAGAGAAUGAUGCCUUGGUGACGUUUAUUGACGGGAAACAUGCAGCAUUGUUUGCACAGAAAUACAAUAGAACACUUCUAGACCUCUCUACAAUCCUUGUGUCACUUGUACGAUACUGAAACAACAUAACUCAAGAUCAUCAAAAAUCAGGACGAAACAGUGAAAGAGGGAGGGGCAACAUAUGGAGAAGGUUACGAAGGAAAACAGUCUCAGGAACAGAGUUCAUCUCGACAGAAUUAGCUUCCAUCUUUAUAGAACUUGAGAAGACCGUGUUGGGGAUUAGUGAGAAAUUGUUGUUGUUUUUUUAUUGCAAAUGAACUAUAUAUAGAUAGUAGCAUAACUUCACAAAAAAUGUCACCUAAAAUGACAUUGACCAACAUCUAUGUGGGUUUUUUUUAUUAGCUUGGUUAUUUUUUCAAAUGGAUAACAUCUUUACAAUUUACAUUACAGACAAAAACAAAACAAAUUGAAGCUCCAACAUACAAAUUUAAAUCUCGCACCAAUUUCUUUCCAAAAAUUUCUACUUGACCCGGUAGUAUUUUGCUAUGAAGGCACACACAGGUGUGUAUUUUCCCCCCACACUUUUUACUGUGGUUUGUGCCUUCUAUGGUAAAUGAUUGAAAUGUAUUUAUGUCAUAGAACAGCGUGGCAGAUCUGUAUACUGUAUUUGGUCCCCAGAGCUGUGAUAUUUUUGUAGAAUUUCAAUGAAAGUAAUAUCUGACAUUUAGAAGCACUUUUGAGUUGGGAAGAGGUGGGAGUGGAAGUAGUUUAGAUGAAUGGACGUGUAAUAAACACCGCUGGUAAAUUUCAGUCGUAUAUUACCCAAUCAGAGAUAUUAACAUGACAUUACAGUCAACCAUUUCCUUGUUAGAAUACAUUCACACCUAUUUUCAUAAUUUUAUACACCACACUGGUGUUAGCAGCACUGAGGAGGUGGUGAGAGAUAGAUACAGGAUUAAUUUUCAGUUUAAAUUUAAUUAUUUAUAGGAUUAAAACGGGAGUAGUGAAAUGGGGGAUGUUCUUUCCUGGGAGGUUUAAAAUUUACGUUAAAUAAUUUGAUUAAAUGUUGCUCAUUUGUUACUGAGGUUGAAUUUUUAUAUUUAAUUGGGGAAAAGACGAUCUGCUUUCUGCGAAAAGCUUCAAAUGAUCAAAAUAAUUAGAUUGUUCAGGAAACUAAGCAAAUUUAAUCUCCGAUUUUAAUUUGUAGAGGAGGAGUGUAGUUAUUUUUUGUGUUCAGGAAACUAAGCAAUUUAAUCGCCCAUGUUAAUUGGUAGAAGAAAAGUGAAAUUGUUCUCUGUGUUUAGGCCAAAAGAAAUUGAUGGGGUGGUUUCCAUGACAUGCUUUUCAGAAAUAGAGUAGGCAGGUUAGAAAAAAAACAUUUCUGUGAUUGAAAUAUUGAAAAUGUUUGUAACUCCAGUAGAGAAAUGAAAAAUAUGCAUAAUACUCUGAUACUGAAAUAUUUUGUGAAUGUCACUCAAAAAUUUAAUAUCGUCCAUACUUUUGAAUCAUCAACAUUUUGGGGUUACCAAGUGCAUAUAAUUUAAUCACAAUAAUUGGAUCCCAAUCCUGAGCUUUGAAAAUUGGGCGAGGGAUCGAAAAAUAGAGUAGGUUGGGAAACCGGAAUCACACAAUUUUUGGGGUUUUUUUAAUUUUGCACCUUAUAUAUGUUGAAAUAAAGUUAGGUUUAUGAAAGUGCAGACAAAAGACCGAUACAGGUACAAUAGAUUUUAGAUAAUCAAUGGUACCCACCAUUGUGCAAAAUAAAACAAUGCUUGAAUAUAUAUCUAGGCAACUGUAAAGUUAAAAGUAGAGUUUUAAACCUAGAAGGAAAUGAAUAUGAAAUUAACAGACUGGAAGGACCUGUUUUAGGGUGUGAAAAUAAAAGUAAUCACGAUUAAAGUUUCCCAUUAUUGAAGUAGGACUAUGACUAUAAAGUUAAAUAGAUUUUGUUCUUGCAGUUCCUCGAUAUCUUUAGGUAAUCAUAUCGCUCAUGUCAUAGACAACUAACUCUGAAAACUUCUAAUACAUUUGAAAUGUAUGUUGACCAUUGUACAAAGUAAGGAAAUAGACUGGGUUCAAGUAACGAAAUUAACUCAGAAUAAUUGUAAAAUAGACGGUAUGUCAACCGUUAUUUGAAUUCGUCAGAAAGUAUAAAUAAAAUCACUACAUUGAUCUUGGGGCUCAACCUACAAUGAUGCAGACCGUCCCAUGUGUGACAGUUUUUCUAUCAGAUAGCCUAAAAUUUCAGAGGGAGAAAGAGGGGGGGGAUCUGAUUUAGAACAAACAAAAGAAUUUUAUGUCAUUUCAUCCGAUUAUAGUUAGCUAGGUUGCAUUUAACAAAAAUAUCAUUUUUUAAAAACCUUUUUCUUGAUGUCUGCCUCUACACUUAAUCAAACUUGUCCGUGGUGGGUUUUUUUUUUUGGUUUUUUUUUUUGUAAAUAUGGAAGGACUUAUAUUUUUUUCGGAAUGAAAUAUUGUCAUUGAAUACCACUACACACUGAUGACGUGUAACAAUAUGCCCUCCCUCAAACGCUCACUUCACAUACAUGUAUAUAAACUAACACUCGCUUCACAUACAUGUAUAUAAACUAUGUGUUCAUUUCUUGUCUUGAGUCUUGAAAGUCAGUUGAAAUCUUUGGAGACAAGAAACAACAUAAAAGGAGUAACUGACUGAUAGACUAGAGGCGUAAUAAAAACUCAAUUCAGUUACAAAACAUUGUACUGUACAACGGGGAUGAAGUCGAGUGUGAACUGUGAUGAAUUAUUCUAAUAUGUCCUAUGUGUAACCAGAGAAAGUUGAACGAUGAUAAUUGAAGUGGAAAUGUAGAAUCAUGUGCUAAUUGAGGUAGAGAAGUGGAAGAAACAAUGUGAAAAUUGAAAUGAAAACGUGGAAGAAACACUAUGCUACUUGGUGUGGAAACGUGAAAGAAAUAAUGGGAAAAUUGAAAUGGAAACGUGGAAGAAACAAUAUGCUACUUGUAGUGAAAAUGUGGAAGAGACAAUGUAUGUCUCAGGAGACUGAUCUUCAUUAUUCUUGGAUUACAUAAACUUUAAAGGUUUAACAGCCUAUCUCAUAUAAAACAUGCAUUUACCCAACAUUGUCUGUUAUUCAACGUGAUCUUGUUUAUAUCGAAAUUUGACUUGUCGGUGUGUGUAGAUUUUUCAACGUGACCUUGUUUAUAUCGAAGCUUGACUUGUCGGUGUGUGCAAAUGUUUCUACAAUGGAAAGAAAUGGACUAAGGAUACAUAUUACAGGACGCAAAAUGGAAGCCUGAACAGUUUACUCACUUUAUAUAUAUAUAUAUAUAUAAUAUAUAUAUAUAUAUACACAUUAAAUCAUAGUCCCUCAUAAGUAAUCAUCCCCUAAUAGUCCUCUGUAUAUUACAUCAUUAUUUUUCACAAAUCUUGAAAAAAUAAGACUUAUAAACAAAAAUUAUGAAGUCAAACACUGAUAGAGCUACAUUGUAAUUUUGUAGAAUGCUUUUAAAUGAAGUGAUGUAGGAGUUGAGCGUCAUUUGUUAGAAGUAUUUGACAGUAAAAAUGUUGAUGUUGACUUUGUUUAUAUUUGAACGAGCUGUUGAUUAACUUCAACAAUUGUGAAUUUGUUGUAAAUAUCAAUUGAGAUUUUACGAGUGACUUAAAAUCAUCUUAACAUGCCAUUUAGAAUAUUGAAGAGGUAAAUAUUGCAAAAAUACAAACUGGUAUGUUUUGUGUACAUGAUUAUGGUAUAAAUUUACAUUUGUCAAUAAAUAGUUAUACUUUGAACCUUAAUGGAUUCUUGUCACUUUGUUGUUGUUUAUUUGUGAAGAAUGCAGAGACUUUUUGAUGUUCAUGGUUUUAUUUUAUAUAACCUUGUGUGAAUUUCACACUUUUGCUAUUUGUAAAUGUAUUUACAUUGUCUGCAAUAAGAUGAUUUUUUAUAUAUUUAUUUCUGAUAAACAUUGGAUCUGCAUUCUUUUUUUAUGCUAUUUUUCAUCAGAUCAUUCAUGUUGUAAGAUUGUUUUUGAUUGUAAUGAAGAUUAAUUGUUCAUUAUGAAAUUUUUCAUAGAGUAUUAUACUGAGUUUAGUGAAACUUGUUUAAUCAGACAUACAACUUUAUUAUUAAGUUUGAUUUUCAUUCAUUACUUCAAACUUCAUCUGUUAUAUACAUGUACAGUCAAAUACAGUUACACUGAACAGGCUUAUAAUGAAUUCACGUUGAUAGUGAAGUGAUUUUCUUUCCCUGUAGUUUUGAAACGUAUCAUGAACUUAGAGAUAUAACUAUUACGUUUAUAGCAAAUCAAAAUGUUGAUCCUCAGCACAUUGUUAUAAACGUGAUUUAUUGUAUUUAUGUGAUCUCUGAUAUAAAAUGUGUUAUGUUCAGAUUAAGCAGGUUUUACUAGAUUCAGAAUAACAGAUUUCUGACAGAAUAUUUAUUAUGUCCAUUGGUAGUGUUCAAUGUGUGUACAUUUUUAGCUCACACUAUCAGUGUAUCAUGGACUGCUGGUUUAGUUCAUGUGUUUUAUGAAUUGUUGAGAUGUUUUAACUCCUGUAUCUUAUUUCAGAGGCAGUAGAAAUAAGAGUCGUUUCUAUAACUAGAAAAAGUAUUGGACACAAGGGUAAGGAAUUAGAAAUGACAUCUGAGAUUUUUUAAUCAUUCGAGGGAAAGAAAAUAUUGGACAAAUGUGACAAGAGAUUUAGAGGUAAGUUUCGAUCAUCAUACAGAAAGUGACAGACUAGAAGUUUUAUUGCACUAUCAUGAGGAAAAUUAGAUUGCAAGGAAAAAUACCCAAUAGUGUAACACCAUUCAUCAGCACCUGACCUUACAAUGUGGGCAUAUUCCCAAAUCCUGAAGCCCGACAUCUUGCAAUAUGGGCAUAUUCCUAGACUACAAAGCUUGUCAUAUUCCCAAAACACAUCUGCAGACAUCUCAGAAUGAAGGCAUAUUCCCAAAACACAAAUCUGAAUAUCUGGGAGUGUGGACAUAUUUUCAAAACACAAAUCUGAAUAUCUGAGAGUGUGGACAUAUUC